AUGAUAGACCACGUUCUCGGACGGCCGUCGUCCAAAUCACGGCGCCUGCAGGUCUUGGCCGUGCUAUCGUUUUGGACGUUUUAUCUCUACAAAGGCCAUAAGCAUGGCCCAUCGUUUGCACAAAACAUCUCGAAAUUGCUUUCCCGGCGGUUAACAGCAUGGCAGACGGCCAUCAUCACCAUGCUCUAUCUUUACGCUGCUCGCAACUUCAGCGCUCUGGUCGGCCUUGCCAGUCCCGAGCCCAUGGCCAACAUGUACGAUCCGACUUAUUACCGGGCCACCUGGGUUUUGACCGCCCUCGAUGCAGGGUUCUGGACCGCCAUGAAGAUUCGGACUAAGUGGUUACGCGACAUUGCUAGCAUUGUCUUCUCACUCUAUUACCUGGUGGCUGCCGAAAAGGCAGAUGAAAAGGUCCGCAAGGUCCGUGGAAUGAUUACGGUCGACCACCUGCGAGUUGCGUGGAACAAGGGAACGACUCCAUACUUGGGCUUUCUCCAGCGUCUCGUGCGGCCACGAUUCACGAGAUGGCCGCCGAGGCAAGUCCGGAUUCCGCGCCCUGCGAAUAGCGACUAUAAAGAAUAUGUCUCUGCGUGGCUUUAUUACGACGGGCCGCUUGCAGACUUGGAGCACCACGACAGACUUGUUUUGGACAUACCGGGUGGUGGAUUCGUGGCCAUGGAUCCUCGGUGCAACGACGACAAGCUGUUUGCUUGGGCUGCGAAAACAGGCUUGCCCAUACUCAGCAUCGAUUAUAAAAAGGCGCCGGAAUAUCCGUAUCCAUAUGCGCUGAACGAAUGUUUCGAUGUCUAUGUAACGCUUGUUAAGUCUCGGGGCAGAUGUAUCGGCAUGUCAGGCAAAGAAAUUCCCAAGAUUAUCGUGACCGGAGACAGCGCAGGCGGAAACCUGGCUGUUGCGACGACUUUGAUGAUUCUCGAGACCGGAAUCAGCCACUAUCGACGCGCUUCUGGCGUGGGCAAGCUGCCGCCGCCGGAUGGACUCGUCUGCUUCUAUCCCACGCUGGACAUGAAUAUCGGAAACUGGAUGUCGGACGAGCAGAUGUCGCUGAUUCGAGAUCGGAGAAUGAGAAAGACUAACAAAUCUAUCAUACGGAGGAAGAGUAUGCAGUACACCGAUCUGGUCGGCACGCCGCACCACUCUGAUAACGAGGAUGAGUCUCCUCCCGCAGAGCCAUCUUCCAACGGAGGCACACACCCCGAGUACUGCCACGCCGGCCCGAGAUCGCUUAGCUCUUCACGAGCUUCGGACGAGAAGAAGGAGGGAGCCGUAUCCCACCGCGCAGAGCCCUUGAAGACUCGUCUGGCAACUGCAUCGAUGAUAUCUUACUUUAACGAUCGCGUGCUCACUCCUGAGAUGAUGCGAGCCAUGAUCAUUCUGUACAUUGGCGCCCACAACCGCCCUGAUUUCACGCAGGAUUACUUUUUAAGCCCGGUACUUGCGCCUGAAGAGCUUCUAGAAAAUUUCCCCAAGACGUAUUUCAUGACUGGAGAGCGAGAUCCCCUGGUGGACGAUACAGUCAUCUUUGCAGGGCGUUUGAGGCGUGCAAAGGAGGCGGCGAAGCGGCGGGAGCUUUCCCGCUCAUCAACUCUUGAUGAAAACUGGACGUUUGACGACAAGGAAGUCACCGAAGUGCUUCUCAUCCCGGGCACUUCACACGGCUUCAUGCAGUUCCCAGGCGUCUACCCACCUGCGUGGAAGCACUUUGACCGUAGCGCAGCCUGGUUCGACCAGCUCUUUACCGACGCAGAGAGCCAGAGACUCGAACAAGCCAGGCAGGCAGCUCGGCCCAAGAACCAGAAUCAAAAUCAGAUGACAAACGGCGCAGUCCGUCGGCAGUCCAUUGCAGAAUCCAGCGGCGAUGAAGACAGACCGUUGGAGAUUAGCAUGACCAAAAUGUCCCGCGGGAGAAGCACAACGCAGAAUGGAGACGCCACUAACAACGGUCAUCCUUCACCACCGAAUGGCUCAACUGACACCACGGAAUCGAACACGCCGCUGCCGGUCUAUGGCGAGAAGAAUCAUGGCCGGAGGGGUAAGAAGUCGAUUCGGGGCAAUAAGAGCUUGGUGAAGCUGGCGAGUUCGGAGGAUUUGCUGGGACGAAGGAUGCAUGGGCUGGCGAGUGGGUUGACAAGCACGGGGGAUGACGAAUAA